AUGUCGCAUCAAGAAAACACCAACAACGUUCCUGACGAACACCGUGUGCAUAGGACCGGCUCCUGGCUUCCGGCAGACCACCGCGUCCACAAGAAAUGGUUGGCGGGCAUUAUCGAGCGCGUGGAAAACAACCCUCAAGAGCUGCAUCCCGUCUUGCGAGAGUUCAAAGACAUGAUCGAAAACAACACACGCAUCUACUUGUUGAUCAACUCCAUGUUUGAAGAAAUACCUACGAAGAAGCCGUAUAAGAACGAUCCCGUGGGCCACAAGCAGGUCCGCGAUUACCAUCAUAUGCUGGAGCUGUUCAAUCAUAUUCUUGCAACGGCGCCUGAAUGGAGUGAUCACGAGUACUCUGUUGGGAUGGUAGGAACGCCGCUCAAUGCUAUCUUGGACUGGCCGAUGGGCACGCCAUCUGGCUUUGCGUUUUUCCUGGAUCCAGAAGUCAACAAGAUGCUCAAAAAGGUUCUCAAUGCAUGGGCAGAGUUUCUCGCGUCGCCGGCGUCAGCAUACGUGCUUAGUGACAAUAAGAUCGGCUGGCUCAGCGAUCACGGCACUCACGAUCUCGCAUUGACAGCCAACGUUGGUCAAACGUCUUACGCUUUCGAAGAGUUCUUCCGCUGCGAUCCGUCUAAGAAGCACCAUGGGUACAAGUCCUGGGAUGACUUCUUCACGCGCCAUUUCCACGAAGACAAGCGGCCCGUCGCCAGUCCUGACGACGACAGCGUCAUUGCCAAUGCUUGUGAGUCGAAGCCCUAUAAGGUAGGGCGUAACAUCUCCAAGCGCGACCGCUUCUGGAUGAAGGGCCAACCUUAUUCGCUCAUGGACAUGCUUGCGAUGGACCCACUGCACGAGCAGUUCAUUGGCGGCACUAUCUACCAAGCCUUCCUUUCUGCGCUAAGCUACCACCGCUGGCACGCGCCUGUCAGCGGUAAGGUCGUCAAGUCGUACCUCGUUGAAGGCACUUACUUCUCCGAACCACUCUUCGAAGGUCUUGGUGACCCCUCCGCUGGGGGCAAUAUCGACGAGGGCGGCGAGAAGACAGGUCAGGGUUACCUUACCGCAACAGCUACGCGGGCUAUCAUCUUCUUUGAAGCUGAUAACAAGGAUCUCGGCUUGGUGUGCUUCAUGGGCAUUGGAAUGACUGAGGUUUCGACGUGCGAGACUACUGUCAAGGAAGGCCAACACGUAAAGAAGGGCGAUGAGAUUGGCAUGUUUCACUAUGGUGGAAGUACACACUGUGUUAUCUUCAUGAAGGGUGUGGAGCUGGAAGGAUUUCCGGAUCCACAGAACGCUGAGCACAACGUGCCUGUGAGAGCAAAACUCGCGACUUUGAAGAAGACUACAUAA